UAUUCCCAUUUCCCUUUUAAAAUCUUUAUAUAAAUUGUGAAACCCACAAUACUCGCACCACAGCCAAGCAAGCAAGUUUUAGAUAGAAACAAAGAUGGGAGUCUUACAAUAUAAUUUCUCAAUGAAAGCUUUGCUGUGGGUUUUAGUGGUUUUUGUUCAAAUUCGUGAGCACAAGGGUUGCUUGGAGGAAGAGAGAAUUGGUCUGCUUCAAUUGAAGUCAUUUCUUAUGUCCAACCCUUACACUUCUUCAGAUCAUCUUCUUCGUUCUUGGGAAGAAGAUGACUCAAAGAGUGAUUGUUGCAGUUGGGAGCGGGUCAUGUGCAACUCCACCACAGGUCAUGUGAUAGAACUGUCCCUCGACAAUUUAAAAUUGUCCCUCGGUAAUCCAUAUUACGUCACACUAGAAACUGUUGCCGAGUUAUGGUCACUAAACGUGUCUCUGUUGGAGCCUUUCAAGGAGUUACGAAGUCUUGAUUUAUCCCUUAAUGCGAUUAAGGGAUGGAUAGUAGAUGAAGGAUUGGGAAAGUUCUCAAGCUUAAGAAAUCUGGAAAGUUUAAACCUUGGUCAUAACUUCUUUGCAAACCUUAGUAUACUACAAUCUUUGGGUGCUAUCACUUCGCUCAAGACUUUAAAUCUUACUUGGAAUGGGCUGGAUGGUUACUUUCCAGCCCAAGCAUUAGUUGGGUUGAGAAACUUGAACACGCUGGAUAUAAGCAACAAUGGCUUCAAUGGUACCCUGCCAAAUCAAGGUUUCGAGAGGCUGGCGGUGCUGAAAAACUUGGAGACAUUGAUCCUCGAUGAAAAUUACUUCGAUGACAGCAUCUUACCAUCUCUGAGUAGGCUUACAUCCCUUACGACACUGAGUCUUGCAAAUAAUCAAGAUUUGGGAAGACAAGGAAAUGAGGAAGAUUGGGAAAGCUUGUCAAGAUUGGAGAAUUUGGAGAUAUUAGAUCUUAGCUUGAAUUUCCUCAACCAGAGCAUUUUACAGUCACUUGCUGCAAUCAAAUCCCUUAAGAAUUUGAAUCUUGCUGGGAAUAAGUUGGCAGGAUCCUUGCCAAUAAAUGAUUUGGCAAAUUUUAGCAAGUUGGAGAUUUUAGAUAUCAGCGGAAAUUUGUUCACAGGAAGUGUUUCUCCUUCUAUUCGGGAACUAUUUUCUCUCAAGGCCCUGUCACUGUCUUCCAAUGAACUCAACGGCACUUUACCGACUCGAGAAUUCUGCACACUGAAUAAGCUUGAAGAGUUAGAUUUAUCUGGUAAUGGCUUUGAGGGGAUCCUUCCUCCGUGCAUAAACAAUAUGACAUCUCUUAGAUUUUUAGAUGUUUCUGAGAAUCACUUUGAAGGAGAUAUUUCCUCUUAUGUGGUAGCCAGCCAGACGUCUCUCGAGUACAUUGAUUUUAGUUAUAAUCAAUUUGAGGGAUUACUCUCGCUCAGCUUAUUCGCCAACCACUCUAAGCUUGAGGUGAUUAGAUUCUUUAACGAAAACAAGAAGCUUGAGAUAGAAACUGAAAAUCCUGCGGGUUGGGUUCCUUUGUUUCAGCUAAAGGUUCUUCAAAUGACUAAUUGUAGCUUGAACAAGCUUGCCAGCAAUAUUCCUACAUUUCUCCUCAACCAGCAUGAGUUGGAAGUAAUUGAUCUCUCUUAUAAUAAGUUGAAUGGAAGCUUUCCGAAUUGGUUGCUUGAAAACAAUACGAGAUUAAAAGGCCUGGAUCUUCGGGAUAAUUUCUUUGUGGGUCAUUUACAUUUUCAACUACAGCAGCACACUUAUAUUUCUCGGAUGGAUGUCUCAAACAAUCACAUGGAGGGAAAACUUCAAGAAAACAUUGGGAAGAUGUGUCCAAAUUUAAUCUAUCUAAUUCUUUCCCAUAAUUCUUUUGAAGGUAAUCUUCCUUCCUCAAUUGGUGACAUGACUAUUUUGGAAACCUUAGAUUUGUCCUUCAAUGAAUUCUCGGGUGAAAUCCCAAGAGAAUUGGCUAGGAAUUGGUCGCGGAUAACGAGUUUGAACCUUGGUUAUAACAGCUUUCAUGGCGAAAUCUUAUUAGAGCAAUUGAAGUUAACAUCGACUUCGGACUUGAGUGGAAAUCAAUUCACCAGUAUUCUACCGAUGCUUAAUUCAACUUAUUCUUACUUGAGUUAUUUAGAUAUCAGCCACAACGACAUCUCAAGUACGAUCCCCAAGGGGCUCGGAAACAUUGCAGACUUGAAGACUCUUCUCAUGGCUAACAAUAGUUUUUACGGUCAGAUCCCAUGUGAACUAAGUCAUGCGACAGUUACUUUAGACCUUUCCCACAACUUAUUUACAGGAUCUUUACCUGUUUGCUUGAAUCUACCAGAGCUUGAACACCUAUAUUUGCAAGGGAACAAAUUCACAGGAUCAAUACCGGAAGUUCUAUUCAAUUCCUCAUCUCUUUUGACAUUGGACAUGAGAGAUAACAGCUUUUCAGGUAGCAUCUCUAUUGAAAUCAAACAACUUCAAGACUUAAAAGUACUUUUGUUGAGUGGCAAUCGUUUCACUGGUAUAAUCCCGAAUCAGUUGUGUUUGUUAAAGAUGAUAAGCAUAAUGGAUCUUUCCAAGAAUGCUUUUUCUGGGACCAUACCGCAAUGCUUUAACAAUAUAUAUUUUGGGAAGAUUGGGGCUACUCAUUUUGACUAUUUUAUUAGAGAUGGUGGUUUUUUGAAUCUACAUAGGAUACCUUACACAUAUAAAGGUUUGCUAGAGAAGAGUGUCAAAAUUUACCGAGAGUUUAUAUAUUUUGAUGGGGAAGUAGAGAUUGAGUUUGUAACCAAAUAUAGGUCCCUCUCUUAUAAGGGUUCUGUUCUUGCGCUGAUGUCUGGAUUGGAUUUGUCAUGCAACAACCUAACAGGAGGCAUUCCACUGGAAUUAGGGCAAAUAUCUUCAAUCAUUGCAUUGAACUUAUCUUAUAAUCAAUUGGAUGGUACUAUUCCAAAAACAUUCUCACACUUGUCUCUUUUGGAAAGCUUAGAUCUCUCUCAUAAUACUUUGAGUGGAGAAAUUCCUUCAGAAUUGAUUGAUCUAAACUUUCUUGCGGUAUUCAACGUGGCUCACAACAACUUAUCAGGUAAAGUUCCAGAUAUGAAAGCACAAUUUGGAACAUUUGAGAAAAGCAUCUAUGAAGGAAACCUAUUUCUCUGUGGACCACCACUAGAUAAAAGUUGCACCAAAGUAAUCAAGUCAGAUCCAAGACCAACCCAAUCUUCAAAUGCAAGUGAUAGAAAAUGGUAUGAAGUAGAUCCUCUGGUCUUCUAUACAAGUUUCUCGGUAUCUUACAUCAUUUUCUUCUUUAGUGUUGUGAGUCUUCUUUAUAUUAAUCCUUAUUGGCUACAAAGAUGCUACAACUUCAUGGAAGAUCUUAUAUACUCUUGUUAUUAUUUUGCUUUUGAUACCUCAAAAAGGUUGUCAAAUUGUCUAUUGAAUUAAGAUACAUCGAUUUUCUUUUGAAAUCGUUAAUGAUAGCAAUAAUGGUAAGUUAUCUAUGAAUUGGAUUUUGGAAUAGUUAGUUAUUGGGCUCAAAUAUGAGAGAGGUGUACUUUGCUUAAACUUUUAUUCUAUUUUAUUAUGGAUA